AUGAUAACAUCUCUUGUAACAGGACAAGCACAAAGCAAUGGAACUACUUUGGAAAUUGUUGUCUAUAACCCUCUUGCUUGGAAGAGAGAGGAAGUAAUUCGAAUUCCUGAGACUGACUUCAGAACAUACUUACCACAAGUUUCCGCUACAGAAGUUUUUGUCCAGGACUCAGCUGGGAAGGAAAUUGAGUCUCAGCUCUUGCCUCUAUCUAAUAUUACUUCUAGUAUAAGGAAAAAACAUGUCAAAGCAUAUAUAGGAACAACUCCUACAGGGGAACUCAAGUACUGGCUUGCAUUUCUGGUAUAUGUACCCCCCAUUGGUUUCAGCACCUAUAUAGUAUCAAGGCCUAAACAGGCAGGUCAUGCUUCAACUAUCUCAAAUGAGUUCAGAUCAGAAGGAAGUACUAAUAAUAACAUAGAAGUUGGACAAGGGAAUCUAACACUUCUUUAUUCUGCAAAUGAAGGAAAAUUGUCUCAAUAUGUUAACAUUAGAAAUCUAGUUACAACAUCAUUUGAACAAUCAUACAGUUUUUAUUCUGGAAAUGUGGGGGAUGAGAAAGAUUCUCAGGUAGUCAUAUGCACAUAA